CCGCCGCGGCCGAUCGCACCGCUUCUCUCUCGCGGCUAUCUCGCAAAUCUACCGAUAAUUCGAAACCCUGUGUCAAUCGCAUGGUCCGCUGGUCGUAGCCUCGCCUAUUCGUUGCUCUGCUGGAUAUCGAGAGCAUUGUUGAUAGUGUUGCGAAAAAUAUCUGUCUAAUUUUAGCGCAGAUAUUUCCUCAGUGUAGUAUCAAUGAAUUAUGAAAAUUUCAUGAGUGAAAUGAUAUCCGUUAAAAUGCCACAUUACGACGAAAGUUUUAUUCACGAUGACAAUUUAAAUCAAAGACGCAAUAAACGGAGCUAUCGUGUUUAUAAAAAUGGAAUAAGUCCCUGUAUUUAUCCAGAGUCCAGUGUUUUGCAUCCUGCUGAAAUAAGAGCUGACAUUGCCAUGAAGCACGGAAGACAUGUGAAAUUUCGGGUAAACCGUCAUAAACUGGAAAAAUCUCCGUUACAAGAAGGAAAUUACGUAAAAUAUAAUAAAACACCAGACAUACUGAUCCACUGUCCACGAGUGAGUGUUUUUGAUCCUAGUAAAUUGUACGAUAUCAGAAAUAAUAAUAUUGUGACAUUAACGCCGUGUAAAAGCUUUGACAACUUGACAUUGAAGCAGUCGAAAAAAGACAAUCUAAUAAAAGAAACAAUAAGAAAUGGAAUAAGCUUACAAAAUUUGUCCCGCGAUGAAAGCAUUAAACAUUACGUAUCACCUGUCCAAGAACGAUGUGCACCACGUAAAGUGGAUGUUAGAAAUUCAUAUUCAAUAGAAGAAGCGCGCCGAAGACCGGUACAUCGUAGGUUUUCUCGGAGUACUGCUGUACCUGGUGUUGGUACUUACAGAAAAAUAAGUGGGGAUUGCGACAAGAAUGUUAAAGACAACGACGCUUGUGCUGAAGGAGGGUCAGGUCACAGAGGGUCCUUGCGCGGCGCUAACAAGCUCGCGAGGCGCGCGCGCUCUUUCAAGGACGAUCUACUUGAGCGUAUCUCCAACAUGCGUUCGCCCGCGCAGGCUCCCCAUCCGCCGCAUCUCUCAUCAAAUAUCAGAUCACAUUCCCCGCUUAGUCCGAAGCUUCGGAAUAUGGGGACAAAGUCGAACACACCGGAAGACAAUGAAACCACUCCUGCCAAAGAACUCGAACGGCUAGUCAAAGAGGUCAGAUUCGGCCUAAAACAUUUCUCAGAUGUCAUCACAAAGAGGAAAUUGGAAAUGUUGCCGGAUAACGGAACGAUCGUGUUCGAGUCGAUUGCUAACAUACACAAGGCGAUAAAGCCAUACUGCAGUCGAUCGCCACCGCUCAUGAGCGCGGUGAAGCGGCUAUGUACAGCUUUAGCCAUGUUGAUCAGGCUCUGCGACGAGGUCACCGUGGUUAGCCUCAGAGCGGACACAGACGAGUCUGAAACAGAGACUUCCACAGCAGCAUUGUCGCCAGAGCAUGUGAAUUCCAUAGUGAAGGGAUUGAAGUCAGCGGUAGAAGAGGUGGCGAGUUUAGCGCAGCAGUAUAUGACGAGGCCGGCGUUGUCGCCGCGCCCGGCGCUGGUGUCUCCAAGGGCUUCGACGCAGAGGAACUCUUUGCCUGAUAUCCCUUUAACCCCAAAAGAGCGGUCUCUUUUAACAGGCGAACCGGGAAAUGAAGCGAGUGGUGUACGAGCGUCUCAUUCCUCAGAAUCGAUAUUAGAUGCUCCAGACUCACCUCCGCCAAAACCUGCUAGGCCUAAUAGGAAAAUCGAGUUGGCCCCACCUCUUCCGCCUAAGCGCAAGUCUGCUAACGACAACUCUCUGCUCGGGGUUUCGAUAGACAGAUUAUCUCUGCAAUCCCAUAGCAGUGGAUCGCAAGACUCGAUGCUCAAUGUGUCCAACGACGAGGACAGGAAUGCGCACGAUUCUAUGAACCAUGAAGUUUUUAUUACCCCACCCAGUUCAGAUUUAGUUGGUAUUUGUAAUUGUAAUAAUAUGAAUGAAAUGAGGACUUCAGUGGAAUCACAUUUGAGCAACGCACACUCUCACAAUCGAUUUUCAAACGAGUCCGGCUUCGUGUCCGUGGGCCACUCGGAGAUGUCAACGGAGCACAGCUUCACAUCCACCUUCUCAUCACACCACUAUUCUAGUCAUACAGACAGUACUUUUGAAAGUACAGAGUUUGUGAGCGAAGUGAAGUGCACAAUGCAAAGUGUUGAGAGCCGCAUGAAUAUAAUCAGUAUGAACAGUGUAGCAACACAAAAUACAAAAUUGGAGAGUAUAACGUCAGAUGAAAAUGAGACGCCGCCCGAGUUGCCGGUGAAGACGCGUCGCAACAUCCGCGCCGAUGUGCAGCAACACUUCCCAAAUGUUGAAAUCAGGAAAAGUCCACCAUUCUCGUUGCACGAGGCACGGCCCCACACGCUGGCAGAACACAACCACCAACGGCCUCCGCCAUUGCCACUCAAGAAAAAACACAUGUUUCAAAGCGUCGCAUACAGCGUUAUGGCUUAUAUGGAGAUGUUCGGGAACUGCAGUCACACGAUCAACGCUCACCCGCAGAUAAAUGCUGAAGCGCCACCAGAUAUGUUCAGGCAUUCUAUACAUACCUAUAAUUUGACUAGUGCGCAACAUACAAGUGCUGGCGGUAUUAGUGUGGGUCACCACCAGGUGCAACGCUCACUGGCCUCGUCGGUAACAGUGCAGCAUUUAAGCACGCCCCCUCUCAGUGGUUCCGAGGACAGCGUCAGUAUGAAGACGUCGAAUCGUACUAGUCCACUGCCUAUCGAACCGCCUGCGCUACCACCAAAGAUGAAUAAAAAUAAACAGGUAUCAAAUUAUUCGAGCAACGAAUUACUGCCCCCACCUUCACCGCGGCCGUCUUCGCAUAACAGUUCGACAGACGAAUCACUGUUGAAUAAUGUGAGCACAGAAGAGAUGUACGUAAGCGUAUCAUCGCCAGGCAAGUUUCCGCUCGAUGAUGAUGAGCUGGACCGGCUCGUUCAGCCCGCACCUUCGCCUGUUCCUUCACAGAGAAGCGAAAGCAGUACAGAGCCAAUGCAAUCCGAAACGGAAAAAAGCGCCCCAGCAGUGGCUGACUCGGAAGAUAUUGUUUUGCAAACCGAUGUUAGCUCUUGGCUACUACUGAAAGGGCCGAAUAAAGAAGGCGUUGAAGUACGGGGCGGACACCCGGACGCGCUUAUUGUACUCGCCACUAAGGCAACCAAAGAAACGGACGAGUAUUUCGCGUACCAAGAGGCGUUCCUGGCGACGUACCGCACGUGGGUGGCGCCGGGCGAGCUGGUGGCGCGGCUGGUGCGGCGCGCGCACCACUUCCGCCCGCGCCCGCACGACCUGCGCUCCACGCUGGGGCUGCUCACGCGCGUCGUGGCCGAUCUCACGAUGGCAGAUUUAGAUAGACCGCUCAUGCAGGAGAUAAUGGAAUUCAUAUAUUGGCUUGUGGAAGCUGAAGAGUUGCCUAUUUCCAAAGCACUGCGACAAAUUCUCGUAGACAAACAGAAACAAUUGCAUUAUCAAAAUUCAAACAACAGAUAUGAAUACGAAAUGGCGUGCUACGGCAGCGUAUCACUACGUAGGGAUACUUUAUUAGACUUUAAGGCUUCAGAGCUCGCUGAACAAAUGACUGUGUUGGACGCGGCUCUGUUUGUGCGGAUAACGACCGCGGAACUACUGUCAUGGCCUCGCGACCAGUCGGAGGAGAAGUCGCCUAAUCUUACACGCUUCACUGAACACUUCAAUAAGAUGAGCUUCUGGGCGCGAUCGAGGUUAUUAGAACAGUACGAAGCGCGCGAACGCGAGAAGUACGCUAGCAAAUUCCUCAAAGUGAUGAAGGCGUUACGUAAAAUGAACAACUUCAACUCGUACCUAGCGUUAGUGUCCGCAUUAGAUUGUCCCCCAGUACGUCGUCUCGGGUGGUCCAGGGCGAUAGAAGACGCGUUGACGGACCAUUGUGCGCUGAUCGACUCGUCUAUGUCCUUUAGGGCGUAUCGACAGGCGUUGAAUGAAACGCAACCACCCUGUAUACCGUACAUUGGGCUAUUUUUACAAGAUUUAACAUUCGUCCAUGUGGGUAAUCCCGAUCUACUACCCGAUGGUAGUAUCAACUUUACAAAGAGAUGGCAGCAGUAUCAUAUAAUGGAAAAUAUGAAGAGGUUCCAUAAAGAACAAUACAAGAUAAAGAAGAACGACCGCAUCCAGGCGAUGUUCAACGAGUUCGACGACGUGCUGAGCGAGGAGACGAUGUGGCAGAUAUCGGAGACGAUCAAGCCGCGCGGCGGGCGCGCGCGCACCGCGCCCGACCCGCCCGCGCCCGCGCCCGCGCCCGCGCCCGCAGCCGCCGCCGCUACAUAGCCCGGUGCAAAUCGAAUCCAAAGAAAUUAAACAAGGACUGAAUCGUCGUGGCAUUACUGCGAUAUAUUUGCUUAUGAGGAAUUGUGUAAUGUAUAUGGCUAAUUGUGAUUAUCUGUCCUAAGAUGGCCUAAUUAAUUAGUAUAUUUAAAAGUGCAACUUCUGUGAUCGGCGGGCGAGCUCGACGCGAACGCAACGAUGUUAACGACUCUAACAUUGUUACGCCCAAUUUAUCUUUCCUUAUUUAUGUACAGUUUUGUAUCUAUAUUCUUACUGUAGCGAAAUCUUUUACUCAAAAUCUGUAGGCGUUUUCUCAAUCGGGUUCUGUCGAGAGCUUUUAACGACGUAGCGGUUACUUCAGUAUUUUAAAUGAAACUUUAUUCUGUAACAGUAUUGAAAUUCAAUGUUUUCUUACUAUCUCAACAUAUCAGUGUAACUUGACAGAUGUUUGCCAAGUCACGAAGUAAGUCGACACCAUGUGUAAGUUUAAUACUCUUUUAUAGUUGUUGUGAUUCGCCAUUCGUGUCUGAAUUAUCUGCAAGUUCAACAUCUUGAAUACAUCGAAUUAGGGGACUUUAAAAGUUUUAAUAUUUUAGGCUUAUUGCUAUUAUAUAGUAAAUAAAUAGACGUUUUCAAGUGGUGAAAUAUUAUUAUUAAAAAUCAUCGAACUUUAAAUGAACUAGAAACGAAAAUGUCAUAAUCAUAUUUCACCAUGCUGUGUAGCUUAGAAUAGCCUUAUACUAUAAUCGUGUUUUAACGUGAGUUUUAAGAUUUCACAUUGCUCUACUUCUAACGUAGUAACAAUAGUUAAAAGGUGCAUAAUUAUAUACAUUACGUGCCUAUAUUUUAAGUAAUAUUAUUAUGUGUGAAUUACUAAUGGUGAUUUGUGGCUUAUUUUUUUUAAGAUUCAGAUAAUUUCACUGUUUUUCAUAAUUAGAACAAACGCAGGAUAUUAAGAAAUAAUAAUGAAUAGAAUAUGUGCCAAAAUGGAUAAACCAUUGCACCCUUAAAAGUGAAACGAUAAAAUGAUAGAAGUAAAAUAAAUAUGGCCUUGAUUUUCUAUGUUAGCUUGAUUUAUAUUUUGUGAUCACAUCUUAUAUAAAUUUGUGUAUUUAUAAAGCAUUGUUCGCACUUCUCAUCAUUUAUAACUGAAUCCAAACUAUCAAUAGAUAUAUAUUUUUAUUAAUAAUCAUGCGACUUAAUUUUGCUAUAAAUUAAAUUUACUUAGAUUUUAUACUAUAAUUAGCGCAAUUUUUACGCGAUUUCAUAAAUAAAAUUUAGUGCAUAUUAUUUUUGAUAUUCAAAAAUUCUAUUUUUCCUAUUUAUUGAAGCUACCUUCAAGGAAGCUGUUGUUUAACAAAUGUCGUACUUUUGAGAAAACAUUAAAUAUCGUCGUCACCUGUUGUGUCGUUGUGUCUACUCUUGAAUUCUUGAAUUAAUUAAUUUUAAGCUUAGAUUCAGUACAAGCUCCGUACAGCAUUUGGUAAUAAUAAUUAUACAAACUAAACAAUUCACCGUAGACUACGUGUUUCAUAGGAGGUAUUUGAAUAUGAUAUAACCAUAUAGUGAUCAGCAUUAUUCGUUUGCCUUAAGACAAUCAGAUUACUGAUGAUUGAUGAUAUAGCAAUAAUUUUGUAAUAUUUAUAAAUCACUCCACAAUAUGUGAUAAGAUGCACUCGUUUUGAGUGUUCGCUUACAACUCGGUUGACGUCCUCUAUACGUAGGCAAAUAUUAUAUUAGACAAAUAUUAGCGGUAAGCGUAAAUAAACCCCAUUUUAUCUUCAGAGAAAGGCGUGAGCGUAGAAAUUUCAGAUAUAGUCAAUAUAAACGAGUUUUACUGUCACAACGUAUUUAGGGUAAUUCAUAAUACUUGUAAUAUGGCAUACCGCACUCAUGUUGCAAUACCGUGUUUGAAUUUCGGAUGCUAGUGAAAAAUAGUUGGCAUCGGUGUUGUUCAUUCCGAUAGAACUGGUAUGUAACCCGCAUAUACGUAUAUCGGGGUAGGAUAUUCCGGUGUGCUAUAUUACAAUUCGAUUUCGUAACAUGCAUUAAAAUUUUCAUAAUCGUAUAAAGGCAGUAUGUAGUUGAUUAUGUACUCGCAACGAAAAGGUAGUGCGUGUUAUGCAUGUUGAGGGAUGGCCAUCCCGCGCAAUAAUAAAUUAGACCAAUAUUUAGAACGUUUUACAGCGCUUUACACAUGUUUGUCUUGAUAUUGUAAUUUGUAUAAAUAAUUUGAACGUUAAGUUGAUAGGUAUGUUACCAUUUUGUUGUAUGGUAUUCCAUUGAAUACUUAUUUAAUGAAUUGUGAAGUUCAGUAACGUUCGGCGUUGGUUGAUGAAAUGUAAAGACUGCCUAAAUUAAUUUACUCAGAAUAGUGGAUGUUGUAAGUUAGAAACAAUGAUUAAUUAGGUUCCAGAAUAUCACAGUUUUGUUAUGAAGGUCGUCUGCAAUGUGUUUAUUUUAUGUGUCGAUGUCUAUAUUUAUUUAUACAUGUAAUAAAAUGCUAGCAUGGUACAGUUAAGUGAAGAGUGUACAUUGUUUGUUGUAUUAGCACAGUAUUAUGUUAAAAGAAUGCCAUAAUGUAUCAAAUGGAUUUAUGUUAUUUUUCGUUCAUUCUUUGAACGGUUUAUUCUGUUAUUAUGAAUUAUUUUUAAUUUACUUUAAAUAUUAUAUGAUUACUUAUUAUUAUUUGUACAUUAUAUUUAGCGGUUUGUCGAUAAAAUAUAUUGUAUUUGAAUUGCAUGCGUGUACAGUUUACAUUUUGUGUGUCGAGAUUUUUUUUUAUAAUUAUUUUGUAAUAUAAAUAUAGCACGUUAUUUACAA